AUGUCGAAACGAGCGAUGCCCCAGCCGAUUGUCUUUGUGACGGGCAACGCGAAGAAGUUGGAAGAGGUGAAGCAGAUCUUGGCGUCGGGGGCGGAGGAGCUGCCUUUUGAGGUCACCUCCCAGAAGGUGGACCUGCCGGAGCUGCAGGGCGCCAGCUGCGAGGAGAUCGCGGUGGAGAAGUGUCGCCUGGCGGCGCUCGAGGUCAAGGGCCCGGUGAUGUGCGAGGACACCUCGCUGUGUUACCACGCGCUCAAGGGCCUGCCAGGCCCUUAUAUCAAGUGGUUUCUGCAGAGCCUGGGCCACGAUGACCUCAACAAGCUCUUGGCGGGCUAUGAGGACAAGUCAGCCUAUGCCCAGCGCGGGUGCCUCUUCACCCUCUGUGCGGGGCCUGGGAAGGAGGUGCGCGUCUUCGAUGGACGGACCGAGGGCAAGAUCGUUGAGGCGCGGGGGCCCACGGACUUCGGUUGGGAUCCUGUCUUCGAGCCCUCGGAAAGCGGAGGGCAGACCUUUGCCGAGAUGAGCAAGGAGGCCAAGAAUGCGAUCUCUCACCGGGGGCGCGCGCUGCAGCUGCUGCGCACCUGGUUGGUGAACCACGCCGAGACCUUCGCACAAGAGGCCGCUUAA